CUCGCCUUGGGGGGGGGGGGUGCUGCGGUGUGGAUCCUCGCCGCGGCCACUCCGCCAUGGUGGCCCCUCUGAGCGCCGUGGCGGCCCUCCUCCUCCUCCUGCUGCUUGGGGCGUGCGGAGCGGUGGGCGUCCCCGUGAGCAAGACCGGCCCACGCUGCGACCAGGAGGACACAGCCAUCGCUCUGCCGGUUCCCGCGGCGGCGUCGAACGGCUCGGCCUCCACAAAAGCGCCACCGCGCGCCGCCCCUCGCGUGCCACCGCUGUGCCCCGUCGCCUGCUACUGCCCUCCCGACCACCCCGGCGCCAUCUACUGCGACGGGCGGGAGCUUCACGACGUCCCGCGCAUCCCCGCGCGUGUCCGAUUCGCGUACUUUCAGAACAACAACAUCGAGGCGCUAUCAGAGUGCGACCUGCGGGACGCGGGUGGCCUCCUGGGGCUCAACCUCGACGACAAUGUGCUCACGUCCCCCACGCUGUCCCAGGACACGCUGCGAUCGCUCCGGCACCUCUCGCAGCUGCACCUGCAGAGAAAUCAACUCACGGAGGUUCCUCUGGGUCUCCCCGCCUCCCUGGAGGACCUGCGAUUGGGGCAGAACCGCAUCGCCCUCGUGCCGAAGGGCGCAUUCGCCAGGCUGUCGCGGCUGCGCAUGCUGGACCUGAGCGCGAACCGGCUGCAGGUCCUGCGGGACGACGCCUUCGCGGGCCUCUCUGCCCUCGUGCAACUCAACCUGGCCGAGAACCGCUUGCGAGCCAUGCCGCCGAAGCCUCCUUCCGGAUUACUCUACCAGCUCAUCCUGUGCGACAACGUCAUCGAGUCAAUACCGGACAAUUACCUCGCCUCCUUCCCUCGCCUGGCAUGGCUGGACCUGGGAAAGAACGCCCUUGGGACGCGGCGAGGUGGCAGCGGCGCUGGGGCUGAUGACGGCAGGGCGAGCGCUGGAGGGAACAGCAGCGCGACCGACACCGCUCGUGGAAGUGUGAGAGAUGACGGUGGUGGUGGCGGCGGUGGUGGUGGUGGCACCAUCUGCGUCAGCGAGGCUGCCGGUGGAAAUAAGAAUGCAAGCGAUUCCGGUGACGCAGGGAAGAAAGUGGUCGUAACUGGGACCGAGGCCGGCAACAGCAGCUUGUGCGCAGUGAAUGUUGCGUCGAAGGCUGACGGAGGAGGCUCCAGUAGAGAGAAACGGACCGGGAUUCCGGAGCGAGCGUUCAUCUCGCGCGCCCUCCUCAACCUGCGCCUCUCCGCAAACCACCUGCAGCACGUGCCCGCGUUCCACGGCAACCUGGUGCAGCUGCACCUGGAUGAGAAUGACAUCGAAGACGUGAACACGACCGCGCUCUGCCGGCCCGAGGGCAGGGAGUCCUCACGCCUCUCUUACUUCCGCCUGGACAAGAACCCCAUCAUGGAGUCGCCCCAGGCUCCCGUCACUCUGGGCAAGCUCAUGCAUUGCUUCCCCUACCUGCAGCCCAUGUUUUAGCGAGCGAAAGGCGGCGUAAUCUGUGCACCACUCAAACGAUCGCAAGCACGCACGCACGCACGCACACGCGCAUACAAAGAUAAAGAUCCCCCGUAUAGCCUUAGACUGUAGGGGCAAGUGCUGUUAGCGAGCACCUAUGAAGGCCGGAA